AUGAUUCAGACAGCAAAGAUUCCCAACUUGAUCCGCGCUCAAGAUUCGUUCAUGCCGAUCGAUUCGAGGGGAUUUCUGUCGAAUUGUGCAAUCAAAAAAGACCGAAACGUCAUUUCUUGCGAAGAUGUAAAAGAGCCCACCAAUACAGCCGAUGCCGAUAUUGAAGAAGCAGUCACUACCAGUCGACCACUGGCUGUGAGGGGUCAAGGAAACUACAUGUACCUGGAUGAUGGCCGCGAAAUAUUGGACUCCUGUGGUGGUGCCGCCGUGGCUUGCCUUGGACACGGGGUACAAGAGGUCAUUAACGCCAUGAUGAGCCAAGCGGCUGAUAUAUCCUAUGUUCCAUGGGGAUUCUUCGAAAAUAGAGCUAAACUAGCUUUGGCCCAAUGGCUUUCCAGAAGCUCAGGGGGGCAUUUUCAGAAGACUUACAUAACAUGCUCUGGAUCGGAGGCUGUCGAAGGAGCCAUGAAGCUAGCUCGAGAGUACUUCGUCUGGAAAGGGCAGCCCCAGCGCGUGAACUACAUCUCCCGUGAAGAGUCCUAUCAUGGAAUCACCAUUGGCUCUCUGAGUUUGGGUGGGCACCUGUCAAGGCGGGCACCUUUCGAAGACUUACUUCUGUCCAAAAUAUAUCGCAUCCCUGCUUGCAAUGCCUAUCGACAACGACGCCAGGGUGAGACAGAUACGGCCUACGUCGCUAGGAAAGCGUUGGAAUUGGAAAACAUGUUCCAAAAACUCGGCCCGGAGACAGUUGUGGCCUUUAUUGCCGAACCCGUAGUCGGAGCUGCGUCAGGCUGUAUUCCAUCAGUUCCCGGCUACAUCAAGGCAAUGAAAGCGAUAUGCGAUAAACACGGGGCCCUGUUCAUUUUGGACGAAGUCAUGUGUGGCAUGGGAAGAACUGGAACCACACAUGCCUGGGAACAGGAAGGUGUUAUGCCAGAUAUACAGACCAUCGGCAAAGGGCUUGCAGGUGGAUAUCAGCCCGUGUCCGCUAUCUUGGUUGGAAAGAAGGUGUUCCAGGAAAUGGAGAUGAAGAAUGCAACGUUCACGCAUGGCCACACCUACCAGGACCACCCGGUCGGGUGUGCUGCGGCCUUACAGGUCCAGCAAAUCAUUCAAAGAGACAAUCUAUUGUCGAAUGUCCAAAUCCAGGGAAACCUCCUUGCAAAGCUCUUGAAGGAGAAAUUGGGUGGUCAUCCACAUGUUGGCGAUAUACGGGGCCGCGGGUUGUUCUGGGGCAUUGAGUUCGUGGAAGAUAAGGAAACCAAGAGACCGUUCGAGCCAACUCUGCAGAUAUCUCACCGUGUACACGACGCGGCCAUGGCACCGCCAAACAACCUGGCCAUAUACUAUGGCCAGGGUUGUGCUGGAGAUAAGAAAGGAGAUCAUGUCAUGAUCAUGCCUGCUUACAACAUUGACCGCGCCACAAUCGAGGUUAUUGUGGACAAGACCGUUGCCGCGGUGCAGAAGGUUUUUGCAAAGCUCCAUUAA